AUGGUCGCACGAACAAAAUCCACUUCAAAUGAACAACAACAACAUGCUCGGAGCUCUCUCGUAUCAAAGGAAGAUGACCUCGAAUAUGAUCUGGGACAUUUAAUGUGUCUAGAUGCACACCCGAUUGAUUAUCAACAAAAAAAUAAUGAUGAAGAGGCUAGCCAACUCCAACAAUUACUCCUUGACAGUGCCCGAGAAAAUACACAACUCCUUGUAAAUCAUCUCUUUCAAUUGGAAAAUAUCAAACAGGAAGAUACGGGUCUUUUCGCAGAAUUACCAGAUCCAAUCUUUCGUUUACCAAGAGAAAAGCCCUGUCCAAAGAAACGAGAGUUAACCCGAUUUGAACAAUUCAUGAUGGAGAAGGGUCUUCGUGUUCGAGGAAAGAAUGAAAGAGAGAAACUUGUCUAUGACGAAAUGCAUGAUGAAUUUAGACCAAGAUUUGGUUGGGGUAAAGCAAACAAUGCUGAUGAAAGUGAUUGGAUCAUUCCUGCAAGAGAAGGAGAUGAGCUACACGAAGAUCCAUUCUUGGCAAGACAAAUUGAAAAGAGAGAAAAAAAGAAGAAACAACUCAAGAAUCAAGUCACAAAUAUUGGAAAAGGAGCAGGCAAGAAGGGAGCAAGAGAUGCAGAGAAGGACAACAAAGCUCUGGCCGUUCAAAACAAGUACAAUCCUGCAAAUACUCCAUCUACAUUAAAGAUAACAAAUGUAAAUGGUGGAAAGAUUAAUCCAAAACGAGCUCAUACGGGCUUGAAGGAUGAUUUCCUUAAUGCCUACGAUUUUGCAAGAGUGAGCACUGCAAGCAUGGGUAAAUUUGAUACACAGGUGAAGGAUGAAAAAUCUAUGCCCGUACGAAAGGGAAUUUCUCACCUUGUGGCUCCAGGUGCUAGCGCUAAUUAUGACGAGAAGACAAAGGCCAUGAAGAUUUCAAGCAGAAUUUUGAAAGAAAGCUCAAAGAAAAAGACAGGACAGCUCAAGACAAAUGCAAUCAACAUUUUCCAACAUUUAACAGAGAAAGAUGGAAGAAAACAAAAGAAGGUGCAUCUUCUUGCACAGGCUAGAGAUCGUUACAAGAGAAAGGGAACGACAUCAAAGAAAGACAGAGAUUUCACUGUGGAUAAAAAGAGGAAAUAA